GAGAAAUUCGUGAAAAUCAACCAAAAGUCCAACUCAUGUAGGCAUUUGUUGCACUCUAGUCACCAUGCUCCGUCCAAUGGCAGUCCUAGCAUCGGCGGCAGCGCUCCUCCUCUCUGGAGUCCGUGGCCAGUCCAUUUGCGACGCUACGACGUGUCUCCUGCUGCCGAACGACAUCUGCCUUCGACGCAAUGGCUGCGGCCCCUGUGUGGCUCCAUCGCAGGACCUCAACGCCGCCUUGGACUACACUUGCUAUCCGCUCAACAACGACGACUUUUGCGACAAAGGCGUGUACUGCCCGACCGACCCCGUGCGAACGACGACGCCGGCUCCAACGACUACCCGACGCUCUCCAACUGUCCCUACGGCAACCCCCCCCACCACACUCCCUACCACAGCAUCACCAUCAGCACUUCCUACCACAACAUCGCCGGUUCCCGAACCCCCCGCUCCACCUCCGCCGUCAACAACUCCUUCCGCGUCAACGUCAUCGUCGUCCACGGCAUAUAUCUUGGUGGGCGCCGCCGUUGUGACGGCGCUCGUGGUGGCUGGAUGUUGUGUGGUGCGGAAACUGCGGCGAAAUAACGCGCACCUGAAAGAGGAUCCUCUGGACGAGAACGAAGUUAACAGCACGAUGGCCAUGAACGACUACGUUGCGCUCAAGGAGCAGGAACAGCUCGCCCGAGAGGCGUCGUCCCAUCCACAAGGAGCGGCGGCCUCGAAGGAGCGCGUGCUUAUGACGACGUCGUCGUCGUCGCUGGAGAAUGAAGAGGCAGAUCUGUGGGGAAAUGUCAACCCCCACACAAGCAGGACAGCAGUACCCCCCAGUUUUUCGCACCCAAACUACUUGAACCAGUCGUCCUAGUUGUAUAUGUAACGUGACAUUCCUGCUUAUGACC